AUGUUCGGAACACCUCAGCGCAUUUGCCGCGGACGUAACUCCAGGCGGCGACGACCGUUUUGCUAUACUGUUGUGCCCGACCGAUGUCCGCCCAUCCUGCGACACCUUCGGCGUGCCCUAGAGACACAAACGGACGAAAAGGUGACGGACAAUCAAAUAGAAGAGCGGGCUCGGGUAAGUACCGGGAUUGGGGCGCUCGACGACGUGCUGCACGGUGGCUUGACCGCCGACAGGCUCUACCUGAUCGAGGGAAGCCCCGGUUCCGGGAAGACCACGCUAGGGAUGCAAUUCCUGCUGGCGGGCCGCGACGCCGGCGAGAAGGGGAUCUACGUCACGCGCUCAGAGUCGGUGGGAGAACUGCGUGACAUCGCCCGCUCGCACGGUUGGUGUCUCGACGGGAUCGAGAUCCACGAACUUGUCAGGCCGGACGAGGACGUUGACCGGGUUCAGUACACCAUGUUCGAACCCGCCGAGGUCGAACUGGGCGCGACCGUAGGCGACGUCCACAAGCAGAUCGAUUCAAUUAAGCCCGACCGCAUCGUCUUCGAUUCGCUGUCGGAGAUGCGUCUACUCUCGCAGGGAGCGCUCCGGUACCGGCGCGAAAUCCUGGCAUUAAAACAGUUUCUGGCGGGGCGCCACUGCACGUCGCUGUUGCUGGACGACAAGUCCGAUGGCGACGAUCAGGAGCUACAAAGCCUCGUCCACGGAGUCAUCCGGCUCGAGCAACGGUUGACCGACUACGGAGGCGAGCGCCGUUUUCUCCGCGUGACGAAGUUUCGAGGGUCGGACUUUAUCGGGGGCGCCCACGACCUCCAACUGGUUCGUGGCGGGAUACGGGUCUACCCGCGCGGGGUGGACGGCCCCGCUGCCGAGGUCGACGGCCAAUCGGUGAGCAGCGGACUGCCGGCGCUGGACUCGCUCCUGGGAGGCGGGCUUGCCAAGGGCUCCAGCACCCUGCUCCUAGGGCCGGCGGGCAUCGGCAAAUCGACCACCGGGGUCCAAUUCGCCGUUGAGGCGGCGAAGCGUGGGGAGCGCGCUGUGCUGUUUGAGUUCGAAGAAAGCUCCCACGCGCUGUUCUUAAGAUCAAAGGGGUUGGGCCUACCGCUGCGGCGGUACGUUGACGAAGGAUUGAUCGAGGUCCGCCACCUGAAAGCGGGUGAGAUCACCCCAAAUGAGUUUUCGAUGAUCGUCCGCUCAGCGGCGGAGCCCGAUCAGAAGAGCCGGCCGACCUCCGUGGUGUUGAUCGAUAGCCUUAACGGCUAUCUCAACUCGAUGCCCCACGAGAAACACCUGAUGAUCCAACUUAACGACAUGCUGAACUACCUCGCCAAGCGGGGCGUCGUGACGUUCCUGGUCGUCGCGCAGCACGGCAUGCUGGGACGGGGCAUGGCCACGCCUGUCGACACGAGCUACCUGGCCGAUGCGGUGAUCCUCUUUCGCUACUUCGAGGCCGAUGGCGAGAUCCACCGUGCGAUCUCGGUCGUAAAGAACCGAACCGCCAAUCACGAGCGCACGAUCCGCGAAUUCAGCAUGGGCGAGCAGGGCUUGGUCAUCGGCCAACCCCUAACCAACUUUCGCGGGGUGCUUUCGGGAACGCCGGAGUUCGUCGGAUCUCAGGACGCGCUCAUGCCGGACCGGGAGGUCGCAGUCCUCGCGCCCACGGCCUCGGACUCGCGGAUCUGCGAUGAAAUCCUGCAGAAUGCUGAGAUCGGUGUGGCCUUCUGCCGAGACAUUGGCGAACUGUGCCAAGCGAUUGAAGCGGGAGUUGGAGUCGGCGUGGCGCCGGAGGCAUGGCUGAACGCGGCCGGCUUCAAGCGGAUUCAGCGCACGCUGGCGAAUCAGCCGGAUUGGUCGGAGUUCCCGCUCCUGGUGCUACUGGGCAAGGCCGCGUUGUCAUCACAGCGGGUUGAGCAGCUGCUGUCGCUGGGAAAUGUGACGCUGGUCCCUUGCCCGAUCCGGAUCGCGGUCUUCGUGAGCACGGUGCGGGCGCGGCUGCGUGACCGCCAGCGCCAGUGCGCCGUGAGGGACUUGAUCGAUGAACGUCGCCGAGCCGCCGAGGGGGCCGCAAUCGAUUCCCGACGGCUGCAAAUGGCGUUGCAGGCCGGACAGAUGGGCGUUUGGGAGUGGAGCGAGCGAGAACUCUAUUGGUCGCCGCGAUUCUACGAGCUGUUUGGCUUCGAUAGCGAGUUGGCGCCCGAACCCGAACGGUGUUUCGAACGCGUGCACGACGACGACCGCGACGAGCUAGUCGAUCGUUGGGAGCGAUCCUUGGCCGACGGAGUCGACCUAGAGAUGGAGUUUCGCAUCCUCCACCCGCGGCUCGGCCAGCGCUGGUUGUCGGCGAUCGGGGAACCGGUCCGGGGGAAGUCCGGGCGAACGAUCCGCCACUCGGGCGUAAUCUGGGACGUGACCCCACGCCACGACGCGGAGGCUUCCUUGAGAGAGGCCCGUGAGCAAGCCGAACUCGCGAACCGGUCCAAGAGUGAGUUCCUCGCCAACAUGAGUCACGAGAUCCGUACGCCGAUGACGGCGAUCCUUGGGUAUGUGGACCUGAUUGGCGAGAGUGCGACGAAUGGCGAAGCCCGGCAGCACGUCGCGACCGUCCGCCGAAACGGAUUGUACCUCCUGGAAAUCAUCAACGACAUCCUGGACCUGUCGAAGAUCGAAGCCGACAAAAUCGAGCUAUUCGCCGAGCCGUUCUCUCCUAUCAGCGUCGUUGAGGACGUGCGGAGCGUUAUGGGCGUUCGCGCUGCCGAAAGCGGCAUCAAGUUUGAGCUAGACUACAGCGACGUACCGGAAGUGAUUGUGUCCGACCCUAAGCGAUUGAAGCAAAUCCUAAUCAACCUCGUUGGUAACGCGAUUAAGUUCACCGACCGCGGCGUAGUGACGCUCUCCGUACGGUACGACAAAUCAACCAAUCGUAUUGAGUUCCAGGUCGCCGAUACGGGGAUUGGCAUGACCAAGCGGCAGAUCCAUCAGCUGUUCAAGCCGUUCACGCAGGUCGACUCGUCGGUCUCACGACGGUUCGAGGGCACGGGCCUAGGUCUGGCGAUUUCGCAGCGUUUGGCCGGAUUGAUGGGGGGCGAUAUCGCCGUGCGUAGCGAACCGGGGGUCGGCAGUUGCUUCACCGCCACGAUCGACUGCGGCGACAUCGCUGGGGCUCGUCUCAUCCCGUUGGAUCGGUCGAGCGAGUACGAGCCGCAACCGCUCGCGUCUGAAGGGGCGCCACUCGCCUGCAGCGUGUUGAUCGUCGACGAUCGUCGAGAGAUUCGGUAUCUCGCCACCCGGCUCUUGGGAAAAGCCGGCGCCAGUAUCACCGAAGCCGAAGACGGGCAGCAAGCCGUCGAGAUGGUUCAAGAAAUGCUGCGGAACGACCGCAUCGUCGAUAUCAUUCUGCUUGACAUGCAGAUGCCAAGGCUGGACGGUUAUCGAACCGCGGAUCAACUACGGCGUCUCGGUUACAAAGGACCGAUCGUUGCGCUCACCGCAGACGCCAUGCAAGGCGACAUGAGCCGCUGCAUCAAAGCCGGGUGUGACGACUACUUGAGCAAGCCGAUCGACAACGGCCUCUUACUUGCGAAAGUCCGGCGCCUCGUCUUGUCAUAG